AUGUCCGUAUUCACCAAAUCCGCUUUCACCAUGUCGGCGAUGCCUUCGCCUGCCAACUCUGCCCCACCCUCUGCCGCCCCUUCUCGAAGGGGAUCCUUCGCCGGAUUAGCUUCUGGUCAAGUCACUCCAGUCGCUGAACCUCACAUCGUCUCCAUCAACGUGGAAUCUGUUUUGUUCGACAUGGACGGUACCCUCAUCAGAUCUUCUGAGGCCGUCGUAAAAGCUUGGGAGCUGUUCGCGCAGACUUACCCUCUUGAUUUAGAUGAUAUUCUACGAUCUGCUCACGGUAUGAGAACCGUUGACGUAUUGAAAAAAUGGUGUAAGAUCACCGACCCUGAAUUGCUCAACUCUGAAGUGGUCAGAUUCGAAACUGCUAUCUUGAACGCUGCUGAAGAUUUGGCAAGGACAAAUGGAGGUGGUGGUAUUGAGGUGUUACCAGGUGUUGCCAAGCUGUUGGCUGACUUAGGAGCUGAGACUGAACAGAGGAAUGGAGAAGAGAAAUGGGCUAUCUGCACUUCUUCAACAUAUUUCUACGCCGGUAAAGCCAUCCCAAUUGCCAAACUCCCCGUUCCCAAAGUUUUCGUCACCGCCGAUUCCGUCACCCGAGGUAAACCUUUCCCCGAUCCUUACCUUUUAGGUGCAUCGGGAUGUAAUGCAUCUCCUUUUGAGUCUCUCGUCGUCGAAGAUGCUCCAACAGGUAUCCGAGCAGGUAAAGCCGCUGGUUCGAUGGUUCUCGCUACUUGUACUUCGCACCAUCGUGAGGAGCUCGAGAAGGAACGACCUGAUUUCCUCGUCGAGGACUUAUCGCACGUUACCGCUCAAUGGGAUCCUAAUACCAACACAUUCAACUUGAUCAUCGAACAACCAGUCGAUCGAAUGUCUACUCGACCUACCCCCGACGUAACCCCAGUGAUUACCCCAGCAGGAUCGAGGCAAAACUCUUUCUCUGGUGUUGGCAAAUCAGGUUAUUUCGGCUCUCAAUUAGCCUCCAACCCAAAUUUCAAAGCUUCAGAUGAAUUGACAGGGAACGAUUCCGUCGUGGGAUCACCCGAAGCCUCUCGACCUGGUUCACCAUCCGGUGGACCAACGAUAGAGGAAGAUGAGAAAAGGGCGGAGAUGGAAUUCCACAGAAGAGCGAGUCAAUCUGGAAAUACACUUUCGUUAGAUGCUUUCAAGAGAGCUUUAGCAGGCAAUGCAGCUAAGCGAAGAGCCAACUCAAGAGGUGAAUUGGAUCAAGAUGAGUAA